AUGUCCAUACCUAAGGAAGUUAUUGAUUGGAAUAUUUUAAAUGAAAUCAUAUCAAUGGAUGAAGAUGAUCCUGAUUUUUCAAGGAUGCUAAUCAUGCAAUAUAUCGAUCAAGCUCAGACGACGUUUGAUAAAAUGCAAAAUGAAUUAGAAACUACAAAGGAUUUAAGUGCAUUGAACAGCUUAGGUCAUUUUCUCAAAGGUUCCUCAGCUACUCUUGGAUUACAAAGAAUUGCGUGGAUCUGUGAAAAAAUACAGAAUCUAGGUAAGAAACAAUCAAAUGAGGUAAUACCAGCAAUAGACGGUAGUAAUGAUAAAGUUUAUCUCGAAAUGAUAUCAAAGGCUUUAGAUCAAGCUAGAGUAGAAUUUAAACUGGCGAGAAAAGAAUUAUCCGAUUAUUAUAAAACUGAAUUAUAG